CGUUCACACCGAUUUAUCUUUGAUGAAUGACCAACUUAAAUAUCAGGGAACAACAGCAAUGUAAUGCACUCUUUUAGGCAAAUUCAGUCCUGGGGCCCUCAGGCCAGAGUGGGGCAGCAAAGCACCUAUGGGGCUGACUACAAGCCCCCCAGUGAUCGGCCCCUCUCGCUGUUCCGGCUCCAUGCAGAGCCCUCUUGCACCACACACCAGAAGUUGGUGGAUGUGUGGGCUCAGUACCACAGACAGUGUUUCCAGACCAGUACCAACGGCCCACGGAACCCCGCCUCUGCCUUCACUCAGAAGGGGAGAACAGUGAGGGCAGCUAUGUUGGAGAGUGAGAAUUUCAGUAAGAUCCCAGUGGAGAGGACAGCUCCUCGAGAAAAGGGGCAGAGCCAGAUACCACCAAAGCGUUCGAGCUUCGACUCUGGGGAAAGAAGGUCAGUCUCCCCCUCUCUCUCCUGGACCUCAGUUCAUAACUCCGGCCCGUCCCGCCCUGCCCGGAAAGAGGCAUGGAUGCAGGCAACAGGGGACCCGGCACUGGGGGUCUCAACCAAAGCCAAGGACGGGGUGGAGCUGCCUCACAUCGGCAGUGGAGAAGGAAGUGAUGCGGAGCCCCCGCUGCAGUUGGAGGGGUUGAGGGCGGAGCAGUUCCGUCGGGACAUGACCCACUCAUCUAGGCUGGAAGGCCAGAUCAACCAGCGCAUAGCCACCCAGUCUAACCUCAUGCACCUAGGGCUGCCAUUCGACGGCGUGACCACCUACAGCCAGAGCUACACACUGGGACAACCCCCCACCCUGAGAGGCCCGCAGCGCAUCCUGCCUGAAGCCACACUCAACUGGAGGGCCUGGGAGUCAGAGUACCAGGACCGGUACCAGGGCCCUGAUCGCUACGUCCCUGGGCAGAGGAAGCCCCCUAGCGGCCUGGACCAGACCCGAGGACACAUCCGCUCAGAGUACCAGAGGCACUUCACCAAGAAGAACUACCCUGGCCUGGCCAGAACCAAGACCAGCCCUGCGUACAGAGACGACUGACUGACCUGAACAAUCUCCAGCACGCAGGAUCAGAUCUGCAUUUUCUCUAUUCGAUGUUCAACCUGACAAAAUGCUCUAUUUUAAUACAGAAAUAUCAGUAUUUAGACAAUUCAGAGGUACUUGUGUGCCUACAUUUUUAUCAAAUAAAACUUUGCAUUAAUACCCACAGCGUGGUCUUUUGAGGGGUCUUUUCAUUAUGUGGUACAACUGUAGCUAUGGUAACGACAGGUUACUAGACACGUAAUAACAGAAUCAAACAUGUAUAUAAAACAAUGAACAAGACAAAAGUCCCCGAGAGGGUACCUGAUCUUUAUUCCAUCAUACUUUUUUGUCCUCAUUUUGUUAAUGCAAGUUGCACACUGUGACAGGAUUUCAACUGAAGUUUUUACAAAUCAACCAAACAAAAAUAAAACUAAUUGUUGCCACAGAAAUCCCUCACAGGUUCCAAGUUGCCUGCCGUCAGCUCCGCCCUCGCAGCCAGAUUCCAUCCAAUCCUUCUGUACACUGCCAUCUGUCCAUAAUCUUUUGCCCAGCCCACUUCCCCCCUACACACCUGACACUACCUACCCUAAAACCAGCCUCUGAGGAAUUGAAAAACAUGAAGAAAAAAAGAAACUGCAACAAUGACCAGGGGAGAUACAAAUCUCCAUCCACGAUCACCACGGUGACAGAGACUCGCACGGCAGCACUUAGAGAUCGAAGAUAAAGAA